UAUUAAUGGCGUACUUAGUACAUGGUAUUAUACACAAUUGCAUAUCCAAUACCACUCUGAAAUAAGGCUAUACGUCGGGAUGGACGGUGUCUAUUGACUUUGAGACACAAGAGUUUUGCACACCGUCGCUCUAUAAAACAUCACCUUUACUGAAAAGUAGUUCCGAGCACUUGCGAGUGGAAAUCAGAGGUAGGUAGUCCAUCUACCCAAUCACUAGACGGCUUUCUACAUAUCUCAAGCACACCAGCACUGCGAGUGUCGUAUAAUAGAAAUAAGCAAAUGAUUCGAUCGCCGUCGUCAUGUUCGGCAAUCACGACUCCCAGGUGACGGCGACACAGCUGAAGAAUGCGGCACAAAGCUCACUCGACGCAUACAACUACGAGAAUGCCAUCUUCCUUUGCGAAAGGUCACUAGCCGAGCAGGAUAGUGAACAAACACGGUGCCUGUUAGCCAAGUGCCACUUUCUCAACCGCAAUCUGACGGCCGCCUACGGUGUAUUAGACAACCCCGAACCACAAACAGUGAAUGGUCUUUGGCUCAAAGCCAGAGUCUGCUGGGACAUGGACAAAUGGCACGAGGCGGAGGAGAAACUGCUCUGUGUGCUCGCCUUGCUGAACGAACCCGAAGGAUCUAUUAACGACACUGCUGGUGCACCUGUUGUCCCCAAAUCGGAGGUGUUGUGGUUGCUGGGCGAAGUGACUAAUCGAACAAAUCGGGUGCAGAAGGCCAUCAAGGCGUACUCAGAGGCCUUGGAAUUUAAUCCUUAUAUGUGGAAGUGCUGCGAAAGACUCGCAGAUCUGGGUGCGUGGCAAUGUAUUGAAGGAAAGUUUUCGGACUCUGCGGCACAACAUUACUACGCGAAGAGGUUAAAAACUGACGAGCCUGCGCCCAAAGCAAGGGCUCCGCUGACGAGCAAGACAACAGCCAGCAUCAAUACAACACCAAGCAAUAUAUACACAACCCCUCCGAAUGUACACACCUCAGCUAACAACGCAGCCGAGAACUUAUUCCGCAACGACCGAAGUUGUCAACGAAGCUCCCGGAAGGGCGCACCGUUCACCGGCGACAACGCAACCUCUAAAUCAAUAAGCUAUAUUAUGAAGAUUUUCAGAACACUGGCGGACGGAUACUCUCAAGUAAGCAAAUGUUCCUGUAAAGAAGGCAUAGUCAUCUUGAGGUCCUUACCAAAGAUACAAGUCAACACGGCCUGGGUACAGAGGUUAAUAGCUAAGUGCUACUACGAGAGAGGUGAAUACGUCGUGUCUGGCCAAACAUACGAAUAUGCUCGCAGGCUUGCACCGUAUGUUCAUGACGGCAUGGAUCUGUACUCGACCGUUCUGUGGCAAUUGAGAGCCACCAAGGAACUGAGUGGUCUCAGUCACCAACUGACGGCAGACAACAAACACAGCGCAAUUGCAUGGUGCGUUGUUGGGAACGCCUUCUCACUACAGAAAGACCAUGAAUCGGCUCAAGUCUUCUUCGAGCGGGCGAUACAAUUGGACCCACACUAUAUGUAUGCCUACACCUUGCUCGGUAUGGAGUACGAGGCUAUUGAUGCUUUUGAUAAGGCGAAGGCAUGCUAUUUGAAAGCGGCCAGGAUCAGUCCAAGGUACUAUAAUGUCUGGAACGCGCUGGGACAGACCUUCCUGCGCGAAGAGUCCUACGCCCGAGCCACCUCAUGCUUCGUAAAAGCACACGAGCUCAAUGCCAACAGCAGCAUCAUCGCAUGCAACCUGGGCAAUGUAUAUUUAGCACAGAAGCAGUAUGUAGUAGCGCUAAACCAUUUCGACCUGGCACUCAACAUAGAUCCCAAGAACGCGGUGGCGACAUACUACAAGGGCAAAGUGCUCAACUUCCUGGGGAGAUGUGAGGAGGCACUGGUGCUGCUGCUGGACCUGAUGGACGUCGCACCUGGGGAAGCCAAGAUCUACUAUCUCAUCAGCAAGAUUUACAGAGAACUGGAACGCACCAAUGACGCGGCUAUGUACCUGCGAUGGGCCCGAGACCUGGACCCUCAGAGCGCAAGCAGGCCCAUAGACUCUGAUGACGACGACGUAGCGGACAAUGAUAUAGUAGAGGAUGACAACCCGUGAUAGCAUAUAUGCAGCGGGAAAACCCAGGACUAUUCGCAGUAUGGUCAAGUAAAUAUGUAUACCC